UUCCACCCAGGCACAGUGUCCAGCCUAUUCCACGCUUCCGAUCAUGUUUUAGACGCGUAGUUCGUGUUGCGCGACGCACUCGGUGUCGUGACGGUGCCGGAACGACGGUCAUAUCAACAAUUCCGUGUAACAGAGACUAGGAUAAUAAUGCGUUUUAAGGGUUUGUUUACUGUUCUCAUGGGGAAGUUAAAGGGGCUUUCCCUUUCUCAACCAAUGAUUUCAACACCGUCCUUUUUCAUACACCAGGGAAAACCAGUUGAUAAACUUCAAGCUUUGAAUCGUUAUUCUAGUUUUUCAACCAAUGAUGACUUAAAGAAAGGCCAUGGGAAGACAAUGUUGGCAAAAGACUUGGCGAUUCUUGUUGAGGAGUCGUCUCAUAAAGAUGAGAGGAAACCUAAGAGCAGAAUGGAUUCUAGUUUUUCAACCAAUGAUGACUUAAAGAAAGGCCAUGAGAAGAUAAUGUUGGCAAAAGACUUGGCGUUUCUUGUUGAGGAGUCGUCUCAUAAAGAUGAGAGGAAGCCUAAGAGCAGAAUGGAGCUUAAGAGGUCUCUUGAACUUCGUGUAAAGAAGAGAGUAAAGGAGCAAUUCAUUGAUGGGAAGUUCAGAAACUUGAUGGUCAAUGUGAUUGCUGAUCCAAAUACACUUCAAGAUGCUUAUAAUUGCAUUAAGCUGAACUCAAAUGUCGACAUAUCAUUGAAGGAUGAUUCUGUAUGUUUUAAUUCCCUAGGAAAGGAACUCCUUGACGGGAAUUUUGAUGUUAGAGGAAAUACCUUCAGGUUCUCAACAAGAGGAAUCAAAAAAGAAGUCCUCGUUCUUCCUAAUCCGAUGACGAGAAUUAUUCAGGAAGCUAUCAGAAUGGUUUUGGAAACUGUUUACAAGCCCCAUUUUUCUAAGAUUUCACAUGGUUGUCGAAGUGGGAGGGAUCACUCGACUGCAUUGAGAUACAUCAAGAAAGAGAUCUGCAGUCCAAGUUGGUGGUUCACAUUAAUUUUAAACAAGAAGGUUGAAUCUAGUAUCGUUGCUAAGCUCAUUUUGAAAUUGGAGGACAAGAUAGAAGACAACAAAUUAUUUGGUAUUAUCCGAAGCAUGUUUGAUGCGCAAGUCCUCAAUUUUGAGUUUGGAGGUUUCCCGAAAGGCCACGGCCUUCCACAGGAGGGAGUAUUAUCGCCGGUUCUAAUGAAUGUGUAUCUUGACUUAUUUGAUCAAGAAUUUUACAGAUUGUCGAUGAGAUAUGAAGCUCUUCAUGAAGGAGCUGACAAAGGUGAUUCGCAUUCCAAGCUACGGAAUUGGUUUAGGAGACAGUUGAAGGAAAAUGAUUGUAAAUGCAUGACUAAUGAUGAUAAUUCUGGCCAUAGAGUUCAUUGUUGCCGCUUUAUGGAUGAGAUAUUUUUUGCAAUUUCUGGUUCCAAAGAUAUUGCUCUUAGUUUCAAGUCUGAGAUUAUAGAUUUCUUUAAGAAUUCUUUGUUCUUGGAUGUUGAUGACAAGCAAACAGAAAUUCUACCUUGUGAUGGGCCUAACGGCUUUCGAUUUUUAGGAGCUAUAGUUAAAAGAAGUGUGCGAGAAGGUCCUGCUACUAGUGCUGUGCAUAAGUUGAAAGAAAAGGUACGACUCUUUGCUUCUCAAAAACAAGAUGCUUGGAAUGCCGGGAGUGUUAGAAUUGGGAAGAAAUGGUUGGCUCAUGGUUUAAAGAAGGUUAAGGAGUCCGAAAUCAAGCAUUUAAUGGAUGGUGGCUCUAGCUUGAGUAAAAUUUCUUCUUUCCGUAAAGCUGGGAUGGAAACUGAUCAUUGGUACAAAGUCUUAAUGAAAGUAUGGAUGCAAGACAUUAAAGCCAAAGCAGCGGAGAAUGAGGAAUCUAUCUUGUCUAAGUAUGUUGCUGAACUGGCCCUUCCUCACGAACUAACUGAAUCUUAUCAUGAAUUUCUGAAGCGUGUGGAUGAAUAUGUUUCUUCCGAAACAGCUGCCACACUUGCCCUUUUACCAAAUUCAAGCUCAAACACUGGAUCUGUUAUUCUUGCUCCUACCAAUGUCAUAAAGAAGCGUCUGUUCCGAUAUGGAUUGACCACCUCUGAAGGAUAUCCUCGUGUUGCUUCACUACUCGUUUUACAAGACAGCCUCCAAAUAAUUGACUGGUUUGCAGGGAUUGUUUAUCGAUGGCUUCGGUGGUAUCAAGACUAUGACAACUUCAAAGAGGUCAAGCUUUUAAUUUCUACUUUACUGCGGAAAUCCUGUGUUCGUACUCUAGCAGCAAAAUACAGGAUUCAUGAAAGUGAAAUAGAGAAGCGAUUUGAUUCAGAACUAUGUAGAAUCCCCUCUAUAGGAGAGGUGGAGCAAGAGCCGACAUAUGAAACAUCGUAUUCUCACCCUUCCGAUAAUGAUGAAGCAUUGAUGUAUGGGAUUUCAUAUAGUGGUUUGUGUUUGAUAUCUCUGGCGAGAAUGGUGAGCCAGUCAAGGCCCUGCAAUUGUUUUGUUUUGGGUUGCUCAGUCGCAUCUCCGAGUGUCUAUACUCUUCAUGCUAUGGAAAGGCAGAAAUUUCCGGGUUGGAAAACAGGGUUCGCAAGUUGUAUCCAUCCAAGCUUGAAUAAACGGCGAAUCGGGUUGUGUAAGAAACAUUUAAAGGAUUUAUAUCUUGGUCAUAUAUCACUUCAGUCUAUUGAUUUUGGUGCAUGGAAUCGAUGUCUUCCAGCAAAGUCGAAUAUCAUUUAAACAACAGAAACACGGACUCUAGACCAUUUAUUUGCCUUGAAAUACACUGUGUGAACGCUGUCAUGCGCAUUCUGAUUUGGAAAAAAGGUAUUUGUUUCUAAAUGAACUUUCCUCGGUAAUUAAUCUUGAAGACGUUGGAAUUGAGCAUAGUCAGAAGCAUGGGAAGGUGGUAUUUGGAUGCAGAGAUAGGUAUAAUUGAGAAAUCAAACGAAUUGCUUGUGUGGGUGACAUGCCACCUAUACUCGUAUUGAUAGGAAAACGCCUGGCAAGAAAGAGUUUGCUCUACGGCAGGCAAUGAAGUCCUCACCAAGUAAGCAACAAUGGCAAAGAGUGGAAAGAAUAUGACAGAUCAUUUGAGAGCAUAUUUGUUUUCUUGUUGGGUUGUUUUAUCCUUUCCCUAAAGAAACCACUGGAGAUUAUAUAAUUGAUUGCUGCAGAGCAGUUUCUGGAACGCUAACAGUUUUGGCAAAUGACAAGCACACCUGACAGAGCACAUGCCAUACUAGAUGGUCUCAUAGACAAAUCUCUACUGGAAACGAGAUAAAAGUUGAGCACUUGAGAUGUCUGUGUUUUGAAAUGACGGCAUUAAGGAUCGCUAAUCAUGAAGAUCUAGUUUCUUUCUGUUGAAAAUGGUAGAAGGAUAGAAAGUCCUAUGGUUAACAUUCUUACUUCAUGAAAACAGCAUGGGAAUUAAGAAUCGGUGUACUUCAUCCAUAUCCGAACUAAAAAACUUCAGAUGCCUCUGUCUAGACGACUGCAGUCAGUUAGUACAGCUUCGGCUUCCUCAUAAGAUUGGGGGUAACCAGAGUCUUGAAAGUUGGGAAAGCUUAAAUGUUGGAGAGCAUCAUUCAAACAAGUUGCCAACAAAAAUCUUGACACGGCAGAAAAUGAUACGACUGGUAAUUCUGGCAACUGCAAUCAGAACGGAGAUUCCCAGUAAACUUAUUGAAAGGCUUUCUAAACCAGAACUUAUUAUUGACAUGAGCCUAAUAUCAGAAGAUGGAGUGAAAAAUGCAGGUGAAAACUGCAAGGGAUUCUUCACCUCUACUUGAGUUAUCCAGGACAUCAGAUUAUGAAAAGCAAAGGGCAAA